AUGGCAUCAUCUGACUCUAACGGUACUAUUGUUAAUGCUUCAUCGAAUGAAUCGAUUUCUGGUCGAAUCGAUGUUGUUUCAUUGAUUGUUCUUGUUUCUUAUCCUAAACACUAUCGGAUAUUUGCUGAAAAAGAACUUGUCUAUGAAAUACUUCCAAAUGCAGCCGAUUCAUCGUUUGUUUGGUUUGGAAAUUAUUCAGCUGAAAAAGACGAACAUCCACCUGUUUAUAUGGAUGUUAUCAGUAGAAUGAUGCGUUUAGGCUAUCAAAUAUUAGGAUCAACUGGUGGCGGUGGAAAUCCAGCUAUUGGUGAUAAUAUGUCAACGCAUACAUCACAUUAUAUAUUUUCUCGAAAACGAGAAUAG